GGUGGGUGUUGCUGGAAUUCCCAUUGGCAGGUCAGGAGUGGGUGAAGCCAGAAUGCAACAAACUUCUCUUUGGAGAAAAGAGGUAGCAAGGAAACCAGAUCUUGCUGAAUCCUUCAGAAAAAGAACUCUUCUAAGUGAUACCACCCGUGAGAUAUGCAGCUUCAUUUCAUCUGCAUUCUUGUGUUGGGAGUGUCCUUGGUGAGAUCAUCAGAACCUGAGCAGUGCGAAUGUGUGGAGAAAGCAAACAUCUGCACAAUUGUUGCUGGGACUAAUGGAUUGCCAGGCACCCCUGGAAGUAAUGGAUUUCCAGGAAGAGAUGGGAAAGAAGGUCCUCAAGGAGAAAAAGGAGAGCAAGGAUUACAGGGGAUGCAGGGUCCCCCAGGAAAAGCUGGACCUUCUGGCUCUAAAGGAGAUCAAGGGGAAAAGGGAGAAAGGGGGGAAAAAGGUUACAGUGGCAGCAAAGAACUUGAACUUCUUGACCGCCGUAUUAAUGAUUUGCAAGCAGAGCUGAAAGCUUUUCAGUUGAGUGCAAGACAAACCCAAAAAGCCAUUCUAGGCUACAUUUUCCCAAACAGCACAAGAGCAGGAGAAAAAAUAUUUGUAUCCAAUGGUGCUGAAGGUGAUUUUGAGACUUCCAAAGCAGUAUGUUCCCAGCUUGGUGGCCAGAUUGCUUCCCCAAGGAAUGAGGAAGAAAACAGUGCCAUCCUGAACCUCGCUGCAAAGCAUGGAAGGCACGUGUUUCUUGGAAUGAAUGACCAGGAGACCGAAGGCAUCUUUAAGCAUCUAAAUGGUGACCUGAUGGAAUAUUCAAAUUGGGCGAAGAAUGAGCCCAACGGGGCACAUGAGGAUUGCAUCGAGCUAUAUAUGAACGGCAAAUGGAAUGACAAUGUUUGCACUAUAUCUCGGGCAAUAAUUUGUGAAUUUUAAUUUAUCUUUCUGAAUUUCUCUAGAACUCAGGUAGCAGUCACAGAUUAGCCGCAUAACAAAUCAUGAACCAUCUAGGGAUGUUGACAGAUGACUUGACUUUAUAGGGAUGAAUCCCUUCCAUGCUGAGAUUCAAGGAAACCCAUCUAAUGAUGCUGGACUGCAUCAGCCAUAGUCAUCAUAGGCAAUAGUAAAGGAUCAUGACCGUUGGAGUCCAACAACCCUUUACUGGAUAGAUCUUUGGGAUAAUCCGAUUAUCUUAUUGCAGGAUCUGGAUACUUGAUUCAGUGCCAUUUUCCAUGUCACUGGAGAUGUGAGAUUUGCCACAGUCCAUGCUGGCUGCUCCUGGUGCACAAACAAGCUGAAGUUGGACCAAGGCACAGUCCAGCUUUGGACAGUGCAAGAACUACUCUCAUGUUCAGAGUGGGGCAUGUUGUCAGUCCAUGGGUUCUGGCUGAAAUGUGGGUUACCUGAACUGAGGUCAUAAUCCACAAAUUACCCAUGAAGAGAUCCUCUGAUUUGUUGCUGGGGAAUGAACUGUGGGUUGCUCACCAUGGUUUGCUGUCUAAACUGGGUUCAGACAACACAAUAACCCAGGAUUCAACAACAAACCAUGCCUGACCCAUACUUUUCAGCAUGCAGUAGUGUGUUCUCUGAACCCAGUUCAAGGGAGACAGAGAGAGAGUGCUUCAUAAUCUAUAAGAGUCUGUGAAGAAGACCUGAUAACAGUCUGUGAAUUUUUGCCUAUCUAGCUUGAUUAUUCUGAAGUCCAAUAAAGUUUGUAGAUAGAUCUAAUUGCACCUCCAUAUUUUUCUAUAUCUCAAGAAAUGAAGAGUUUUUAAAAAUAUUUAUAUACCA